CACACAUGCGCUUCGCGUCUCUGUAGUAAUUACUACUCUGGUCGGGUCAUGCUGUUUGCCUUUACCAAAAUGCAGCAGGUCAUUUCGCGCCGCGUCGGCGCUCACAUUUGCGAUGUGGGUGCCUCUCGCAGCCGUCUUGCCCUGCAGGUCAGGUGCAUGAGCCGCUUUGCUGAUGUGGCUCAGGCUCCUCCGGACCCGAUCUUGGGCGUCUCGGAGGCCUUCCGCGCAAGCACCAGCCCUAGCAAGCUUAAUCUCGGCGUGGGCGCGUACCGGGAUGAGGAUUUGAAGCCUGUCGUGCUGAGCGUGGUGAAGAAGGCCGAGGCUAAGAUUUUCUCCCGCAAUGAGAACAAAGAAUACCUGUCCAUUGAGGGUUUCGAGCCCUUCCGUAAGGCCACUGUGGACCUGCUGCUGGGUGCUGGUCAUCCGGCCAUUAAGGAGGGUCGUGUGGCGGUGAUCCAGUCUCUGUCUGGCACCGGCUCUCUGCGUGUGGGUGCUGCCUUCAUCGCCCGCUUCCUCAAGGGCGCUACUGUCUACAUCUCCAACCCGACCUGGGGCAACCACCGCAACAUCUUUGGUGACGAGGGUGUCAAGUGGGAGUACUACAGGUAUUUUGAUGCCGACACUGUUGGUCUGGACUUCAAGGGCCUUAUGGAGGACCUGAAGGCGGCUCCCUCUGGCUCCGUGGUGGUGCUGCAUGGCUGCGCACACAACCCCACGGGCGUCGAUCCGACCCCCGAGCAGUGGACCGCCAUUGCGGACUUGUGCAAGGAGCGCAACCUGUUGCCCUUCUUCGAUGUGGCCUAUCAGGGCUUCGCCACUGGUGACCUGGACAAGGACGCCUUUGCCCCCCGCCUCUUUGUGGACCGGGGUCUGGAGAUCAUGGUUUCCCAGAGCUACUCGAAGAACCUGGGACUGUACGGCGAGCGUGUGGGUGCUCUGGUCAUGGUGCUCAAGGACAAGGAGCCUGCCACUCGGUGUCUGAGCCAGCUGAAGCGCCUGGCCCGUGCCCUGUACUCGAACCCGCCAACCCACGGAGCUCGAAUUGCUGCUGAGGUGGUCAAUGACAAGGAGCUGUUCGAGGAGUGGAAGGGUGAGAUGCGCGGUAUGGCUGGCCGCAUUGAGCGGGUGCGUGGAGAGCUCCAGCGGGCUCUGGAGGCCAAAUACCCCGACAAGGACUGGUCCUUCAUCACCAAGCAGAUUGGAAUGUUCACCUUCACCGGUCUCACGCCUGCACAGGUGGACAACAUGACCAACAAGCACUCUGUGUUCAUGACCCGGGAUGGCCGCAUCUCCCUGGCCGGUCUCAACUCUGCCAAGGUGGAGUACCUGGCCAACGCUAUUGUUGAAUCGGUGCGCAACUGCUAA